AUGUACAACAACCAACCGGGCACCUCGUCCUAUCAACCACAGGACCUCUCCCAAAGAACACCUUCUACAAAAAGUUCAAAGAAUUCGAAAAAGGAGAAGUCAGGAGAGCACAUCAAACGACCGAUGAAUCCUUUCAUGCUCUGGUGUCUUCAGAAACGUGGCGAAAUGCUGAAAUCGCAGCCGGGGAUGAGACCGGCGGAGGUUAGCAAACAGUUGGGAGAGGGAUGGAAGAAUUUGACGGAAGAAGAGAAGCAACCAUUUAGAGAUGAAGCUGUCAGGCAGAAGAUUGAUCAUGCAAAGAACAAUCCGGACCCAAAAAAAGCGGCUGAUCAUGUGAAACGACCGAUGAAUCCAUUUAUGAUUUGGUGUCAAAAGAAACGUGGCGAAAUGCUCAAAGAGCAACCAGGAAUGAAGCCAUCGGACGUCAGUAAGCAGUUGGGAGAAGGAUGGAGACAUAUGACGGAUGAGGAGAAGAAACCAUUUAGAGAUGAAGCAAAUCGAAUGAAAGAGGAUCAUGAGAAGAACCACCCAGACUACAAAUUUCGUCCGCAAUCCAAGAAAAUGAAGAGCAGCUCAAAAAAGGAAUCUCCCCAACAUCCGCGUGUCCAGAUGUCCCAACAACAUCAAUUCUAUCAAGGGAUGGGACAACAGGGACAAAUUCCACAAAUGGGACAACAGGGACAACAAUUUGGACUUCCUUUCAAUUUUGGAGGAUAUUCCCAAAAUACACAACAGGGAUCUUCUGGGCAGGCUCAGGCUCAGAAUUCAAAUUCUUCUGGAACAGGAGCAAGUGAACCAGUUGGCAGUCCGGAUGACUUGGAAAUAUUUUUCUGA